CUGUUUAGAUGUUGCAGCGACGGAUCUCUCUUUAUCUCUCUCCACACUCUGACUGUGCUCAUUAUGUGCUCUGCGCCUCACUGUGGUGCUCCAUCCCUCUGGACUGACUGUUCCUCCAUGCCUGUGCUGCAGCUCAGAUGGGAGACAUAAGUGCUGUGGCUGUCUGGCACAUGAACACAAGGCAGGUCUGGCGGGCCAUCCCAGGUACAGGAUGCUAAACGGCAGCCGUGAGGGCUUAUUUGAACUAGGCAGGCAGCUCCAGCAAGAAGGGGACUCCCAAGCUGCUCUGCACUGCUUCCUAAGCUGCCUAUUGGGACUCACACAUGUGCAGAGCUUCCAUUCACUACCUAACUGUCUUCAUCAGAUUGCUGAACUCUACAUUGAUGAGAAGAACUAUGGGAAAGCUUUGCAGUUCAUCCAGGCGGAGAAGAUGUUCUAUGAAGUGGCAUUGAUCGAGCUUACCUCACUGCAAGGGAGCACAGUGUGUCAGGAAGACGAAUUACUGGACACGUCAGGAUGUCUGUCUCAAGAGGAGUUAUCGGAACAGACUUCACAGGCCCAGGAUCUUGAGAGACUGGCUCAGCUUUGCAUCAUGAGCAAGAGACCCCAUCUUGCUUUAGAGUACAGUGGCAAGGCCACUAAAAUUCACCAGCUGGCUUUUGGUAACAAUCACCCCAUCACAGCCAGGAGUCUGGAGCUGCUAGCCACUGUCUAUGCUGAGAUUGGCAAGGCAGAAUAUACUGAUUCGUUGGGGGAGUGUGUGUCAAAUCUUUCGAAGAGGUUCUCUGCCACAGAGUCAUUUAGCGAUGCUCUAAGUGGCAUCUCUCAUAGCCAUGAGGACAGACACUCUGAGCUACGGCACAGAAAAGAGUCAUACAUACAUCAGGAAACUCUUAAUUCUAAGGUCAUAAGUAAAAAGCUGCCCACUUCUAUCCUGAAAAGGUCCAGUGGGAGCAGCGGGGAUUCAGUCUUAUCGUGCAGACGCAAAACUAAGAGGCGCGUUCGCUUCAGAGAGCCUGAGAUCACUGUUCACGACAUUCCUUAUGACUGUAUAGGAGUGUAUGACACACCCCAGAGCCGUUUGCACUUGGCCCUGCUCACCUGCCUGUUCCUGUUACUGUCUGCACUGGGUCUAGCACUGUACUGCACAGACCGACGGAGACCCCACCGUUCCUGUGAGGAGCUGCAGACUGCAAUGGCUGUGUACCUGCUGCAAUUCAAACAGAUCGUCUGGGCCUGCUGGAUCUGGCUGACCAUGCAAUAACCAUAAAGGACCACAGGGGGCAAUGCAUUGGGACUGUCACACGAGGCAAAGAGAAAUAUGAUAGGUCAUGGUUAUCUAUAAUGGACAGAGAAAAAAAUAAGGUGUGCCUCUUGAUUUUUUAGUGCUCUUUUUUCACUGUUAUAAUGAGACUGGCCACCAGUCGAUGACAUUGAGGAUGCUCAACAUCCACCUCUUUUGUUUUCUAGUUAACUGAAGGCCAUGAGCUUUUCCACACCAUUAAGUUGGUGUGUGUUUUUGCCCUUUAUACAGUAGUGGCUAAGUAAUUGCCACGUCCUCAUUAUACAAAGCCGUAUAUAAUUCAAGUCCUCUUUAUGUAGCUCUUUGUCAUUGUAGCAGUUCUGGGCAAUCUGUGUUUUAAUAUCAUUAUUAAAACAAAUAAUAAUCAUUUCUAAGAAUGCUUGUUGGUCCAAAGAAUACUUGGGGCAAGAGUACUUUAUAAUACAGGAAUCAAAUAAAUAAAUACAUUAUUAUCAGAAAUAUACUGGACAUACUGAGAACCCAAUGAAAUCCGUCCAUCAGAGUUAAAGCCCAACUGAUUUUUUUUUUUUUUGUAGGUCAGUAUUAUCAGUCAAAACAGGCAAGUAAGAGAUAUACCUGUAUUGGGCUUUUAUAAUGAACACUAAAUUAAUUGUAGUACUGUAGAAAGCACAUGCAUGUAUUAUACAUGUAACAGUGGUUACAUGCAUAAUUCCAUGUGCAUAGUCACAAAAAGUCAUAAUGCAAAAACAGUUUCAUGCAAAAACCAUUUUGACACAUGCAUAUUGCAUGCACUGAUAGAAUGCGCACAGUAAGUGCAUGGCUGCACCAACUUCUGCAAGUGCUGCUCUUUUUUAUUCUUACUGUUAGGGGUGGACAGGAAAGAGAAAUCGGGCUUGGAUUUUACAUAGAAACUGGCCCAAAAGUGGUAUCGCUAUCCUUUUCUGCAUAUCGUGGUGCAGUUUUGCAGCUCUCUUCAGCCUGUUGCGGCCUGUUAGGCAUAACCCAUUUCAGCUUAUCGCUGCCCGUUCGGUACCAUUUCAUGCAUGGCCCUCCAGGAAAUGCCAUGGUUCUCCCUAUGGCCAAUCCGCCCCUGAUUACUGCAUACAUGCAAUAAAUAAUUUACAUGCUUUCAAAUAAAUGCUUUUCAAUAUUUAUUCUAGUACAAAGAAUGUUUAGUCUCAAAAGUUGAUUGCUUCAGAAGCACUCUCCCUGUGUUCUACAGUGCUGUGAAAAAGUAUUUGCCCCAUCCUUAUUUCUUCUGUUUUUAUGUCUAUCUGAUACUAAAUUGUUUAAAAAAUGUAACAAAUAUAUAUAUAUAUAUAACAAAAUAUAUAACAUAAAACAAAGGCAAUCUGAGUAAAAAGUAAAUACAGUUUUUUAAAUGAUAAUGAUAUUUAUUGAAGCAAAAAACUUAUCCAAUACCAACUGGGUAUGAUUAAGUAUUUGCCCCUAAAUCUCCAAAUCUAUGAAACUGCAUUCAUAAUAGUGUUCAGCUGUUCAAUCAAAUCAACACCGAAAUAGAACUUGAAGUUGGCUAAAAGGUCUCACCUAGUAGCACAUUAUGCCCCGGUUGAAAGAAAUUCCAGAAAUUAUGAGGAAAAAGUUGAUUGAAAUACAUCAGUCUGGGAAGGGUUACAAAGCUAUUUCAAAGGUGCUGGAACUCCAAAGAACCACAAUGAGAGCCAUUAUCUCCAAAUGGAGGAAAAACCUUCCCAGAAGUGGCUGACCUUCCAAAUUUCCUCCAAGAGCACAGCGACGACUCAUCCAGGAAGUCACAAAAAAGCCAGGGAUAACAUCCAAGGAACUGCAGGCCUCUCUCAUAUCAAUAAAGGUCACUGUUUAUGAUUUCACUAUCAGAAAGACACUGGUCAAAAAUGCCAUCCAUGAGAAGAAUCCAGAAGAACAUUAGGGCUCAUCUGAAUUUAGGCAAACAACACCUUGAUGAUCCUCAAACCUUUUGGGAGAAUGUUCUGUGGACUGAUGAGUCAAAAGUGGAACCGUUUGGAAGAAAGGGGUCCCAUAACAUAUGGCAUAAAUCAAACAAAGAAUUCCACAAAAAGAACAUCAUACCUACGGUGUGAUGGUUUGGGUAUGCUUUGCUGCAAUAAUUGAGGGAAACAUGAAUUCUGCUCUCUACCAGAAAAUCCUAAAGUAGAACAUUUGGUCAUAAGUCUGUGUAUUGAAGCUCAAGGGCAACUGGACAGUGAUCCAAAGCAUAGGAGUAAGUCCACCUCUGAAUGGCACAAAAGAAGCUAAAUUAAAGUUUUACAUUGGCCUAGUCAAAGUCCUGACUUGAACACAAUUGGGAUGAUGUGGCAGGGCCUUAAAUGAGCAGUUCAUUCUCGAAAACCCUUCAAUGUGGCUGAACUAAAGCAGUUCUGCAAAGAAGAGUGGGCCAAAAUUCCACCACAGUGUUGUGAAAGACUGAUCUCCACAUAUGGGAAGCAUUUGGUUGCAGUUGUUGCUGCUAAAGGCGGCACAACCAGCCUUUAAGUUUAAGGGUGCAGUUUGUUUUUCACAUGGGUGAUAUAGGCGUUGGAUUACUUUUUUGCUUCAAUAAUAAUAAAAAAAACUAUUUAAAUAGCUGCCUAAAAGGGGCUUUUUUGGGUCUUUUAAUGAUGCACUGAUGCAAGGGAUGGAUUCAGGGACCUGGCAAUAGAUUUAUGCUCCAAUACAUCCAAGAAAGCUUUUUAUUACUUCUUAAACAAGAUAAUACAUAGGUUUUGAUACUAUCCUUUUUUAAUUCCCUUUAAAUAUCAGCAUUGGACCUAAAAUCAGACAGGCUCUACAGAAUUUGCACACUGCAACCAAUGAUAAAUUAUUCAUUAUAAAUUAUGCUUUUUUUGAUGUAAAAUCAUAUUUUAUGUAUUCAUACAUUUUACUUUUAAAGCAUUUGCUGUACAUAAAGUGGUUGCAUGUGUCUGUGGAAUGCAAGUCUAUACUAUUUAUUUUACUACUUAUCAAAAAGGUUAAGUACAAAUAUGCAUUAAUCAAAAACUUAUAAAAAGAACAACACUAAACAUUGUUAAUGAAUAUAUUUCAAUGUACAUGUGAAAAGAGAAGUACUGGCACAAUGUAUACACCUUUAGCAUUUAUCUAGUUAACAACUUCAAAAAAGGGCAAAGCUGUUACAUUAAGCACAAAUGUUUCGAUCUUCUACAAAUCAUCUCUUAAAAGAGAUACAAGACUGUUUCAAGGAUAUGUUUGCCAUAUUUUGUGUCAAGCACUGCCAGAUUUAACUGGCAAAUAAAAGAAUGCCAUUUUACAUAGCUGAUUGCUUUAUCAUUCUUUAAACAUUUGAGUUUAUAUUUUACUUGAACCUGUACCAGCAUCUUCGCAUUAAGUCCAAUAAUGGUACACACGUUUGUUUUACUAUGUUGUAUAUGAUUUUUUGUCUAUCUUUUGUAAUAAUCUGUCACUCGAGUUUUAAAGUUAAAUCUUUUAAUCUUCUUUUCUAUUUGCAGCUGUUCAGUUUCCAUUUUUCUUGUCGAGCAUUUUAAAUUAAAAUUUUUUUGGUCUCAAUCACAAGCAUAUUAUUUUCAGAGUUUUCACAUGAAAUGUCUUGGUUAUGUGAAAAGUAACCCUGGUGCCCUUUGUGGUAAUGGACGCUGCGUAAUUGCAUUGGUACACACCCUAAGUGUCACAUGAUCUGAAGCCCUUGUACAAUCAUGCCAAUUUAUUGGCUGGUGGUGCUUAAUUGACUCUCCUAAGGAGCUACAUCAAGGGCUCCAUAAAAUUGCUUGUUUUGGUGCCAUGAAGUCAGGGAACCAGGGUUACAUUUCACGUAACUGAGAUGUUCCCUUUCGUAGGAACUCGAGCUGUGUAAUCGCAUUGGGAACAAUAUCCAUUCAUACCAUGUGAACAGUAGCUUCUAACUUUCUAUGUCCAUGUGGCAAGCAUAUAAACAGUUUUUACCCUCAGGCCAUUUACCACAUGAACAAUUAAACUUCCUUCAGGACUCCCAUAAUGCAGUAAUGUAUAAAUAUGUCAUGUUCAUAUGUCAUUUCACUCAUAUUUAAUUCAAUAACUGUACAUACCCCUAGCUUGUACAUAUGUAGUAUGUACAUGUACAUAAGACAUUCUAUGUUAUAUGUCCAGCUUUUUUGCAUGUCUGUUUACACUCUUGUCUUGUUUUAUAUUCUGUGUAUCACUGUAAUGUUCUGUGUGCACUUGCUUGUUUCUCCUAUCACCUAAACAAUGUGUGCACAUGAGCACACUUGGCAAUAAAGAUCAACCAUAGUGGGGAAUAACCCAUCAUACAAAAGAGCUUCCCAUUGAGAGGCCAUACCCAUAACCUCCACAAGUCUGGCCGGGGGACCAAAUGCUGCCCUGUGCCUGAGACAACAUGUCUAUUCUGACUGGAAUCUCCCAAGGUAUUUCCUCCAGGAGAGAGACCAGAGUCGAAAACCAUACUUGAGAUGGCUAAAACGGUGCCAAUAACAGAAGCCAAACCCGACCCUCUCAAACUCUCUGUAGAACUGUGUGCAGAAGACUUAUUGUGGGAAUUAAUCAAAAUGCAUUGUCGGCCACUGAUGCGCUAAUGCAUUGAUACCCAGCAGUGCUGGGGGCAAGUGGCGAGUGAGGACAAACCAGAGGGGACAGUGUGACGUAAGAGUGGUGGUGGUGUAGUGGUCUAAGCACCAUAACUGGUAAUCUGGUAAUCAGAAGGAUGCUGGUUCGAGCCCCACAGCCACCACCAUUGUGUCCUUGAGCAAGGCACUUAACUCCAGGGGGAUUGUCCCUGUAAUAAGUGCACUGUAAGUCGCUUUGGAUAAAAGCGUCUGCCAAAUGCAUAAAUGUAAAUGUAAUGUAAAUGCUCAAAGUGAACAAGUCUAUUUCCACUCUGAUGAACCUUCCCCAGAUUUGUUCCAUAAUGUCCACUCUCCGAUUUAUGUAAGACACCACCUUCCUGAAUCUCUGGGAGGAAAAUCUUUAACACCAGCAACACCACAAACAUUUCCAGACAGUUUAUGUGCCAAUAUUGCUGCUGGCCCAUCCAAACCCUGUAGGCUGGAUGACCCUUGUAUACAGCACCCCAAUCCGUGGAGGAGGCAUUUGUCAUUAUAAAUUUGAGGCGACACAACUGACCCAAUGAAAUGCCCAACAUCAAAAGGCGGGUCCGUUUCAAUGGUAACAGAGUUCAUCCAACACUGAAAGGUUCUUGCAUGAAACAUGCCCAAGGAAAUGACAGUGGAAGCCACGAUCAUGAGCUCCAAAAGUCUAUGAAAUUUUCUCGCAGGGAGAAGGGAUCUCACUCUGAACAUUGCCAGACACCGGCAGAAUGAAAGACAAGAACUGGAGACCAAUGUGCCUGCUUCGCCCGCAAAUCCAGCUCCACCCCUAGAGCCUUGGCAACAGGACACUCUUAUCUAGGUUUACACACAGCCCUAGAUUGCUCAAAUGGCUGAGAUUGACAUCUCGGUGUUGGGCAGCCAAAGUCUCUGAGUGGGCAAGCACCAACCAAUUGUCAAGAUAAUUCAAAACACAGAUGUUCUGAAGCCUCAAGGGUAAAAUCUGCAUCCAUGCAUUUUGUGAAAGUGCAUGGUGGUGCCAGUGCAAGUCCAAAUGGAAGGACGCAAAACUGAUAUGCUUUGCUCCUGAAAGCGAAUCUGAGCAAGAACCUGUGCUUUGGCGCAAUUUAAUAAUGGAAAUAAGCGUCCUUCAAAUCGAUUGUCACAAACCAAUCCCCCAUGGAGCCCGUGACAUAGCUCCCUUGGGGCACCAGCCAAUAAAUUUGUGUGAUUGUACAAGGCGUUUAGACCACGUAACACUCAGGUAGUGUCCCAAUGUGAUUACGCAGCUCAAAUUUCUAUGAAAGGGAACCUUUUCUCCAAUGGCACACAUGCAGGUAGACAUGUACUUUAGAGUUAAAGACAAUACAUUUUUGUUGAUUCCCUCAAUAAUUUUUUUUUCAACGAUUUCCCGUAAUCCCAAAACUUUCUGUCUGCCUCAGGCCUCAGUUUAAUUGUUAACUGGAUUGUGUUUUAUUCUAUAUUAGAGCGCUUGCUGAAACAUUGGAUUUACAAGAUUUAACGUGGUCAUUUAUUUUAGUAUAAUUUAUUUUAUUUGUUCAUUAUUGAUUGAAACUUUUCAUUACAUUAUUUAAUAUAUAGUUAAAUUACCUUUAAAGGUGAUAAAGAUCAUGAAUAUUUGAAUGAUUUGGAAAUGCAUUGUAGAAAUGCCCUCCACACACAGGUGUAUUUUCACCCACCAUUAAUUUAUUCCACAUUGAUUUACUUAACUUUACACAUAUUCUUAAGUGUUUUUAAAUGGCUGAUUUGUGCACACUUUGACUACUGUUUUGAGUCAGAGCAAAAGGUACAAAACAAAAUAUGAAUAAACUGUGACCUGCAUCAAAUCACUGUGAACUAAUUAAGUGGAUAUAAGUGUGUGAAUAUUUCAGUUUCUAAAAAAGAUUGGGACAUUUUCAUGAUGGGUUACUGUAGGUUAUUUAUAUGUAUAUUUUAUGACUGAUUAUUAUACAACAUUUCAUUCUUCUGUAUAGCACACGUUAAUGCUUACUUUAGAUUGAUAAAAGGAAAAUCAAUAAAAUAUUUAGUAUCACUGUAAUGUGCUGAGUUUAACUCUAAUGGCACUCUGAUGGUUUCUGUAGGACUAGCCAAUAUCUGAAGCAAUAAAAUUGCCCCAACUGGCAUACACGUUUGAUUUCUGUUUAUUUAUCUUCUAAUUUAUACUUGGUCACAGUCAACAGACGUGCCUUUUUUGACAUUCUUUGUUUUCUCUAUUUGUUUUUUUUCCUUGCUUUAUUGUAAAUACAAUAGGUCACCAAUCAAAACCAAUAAAGUGCACACCAAG